UGGAACCUAGAGGAAGCCCUGACGGCAGACUCUCAACACUCAGAGCAGCUCAGCGUCAGGAAUCUUUAAUUAUACUGCACAUCUGGCUGUGAGACGAACCUUGGACACCCUUCACACAUCUACACUAUCUCGCACUGACUCUCUAUUUGGCGACAGAGCAGAAGCACCAGUGAGGGUUGAAGCGCCCCUCACACAGAGCAGAGUGACUGCUAGCGAGGAAAGACACUCAUACAAAGUCAGAGACACAACAUGAUGGAGUUGAAAAUCCAGUUGAUACCCACAGGAGAAAUCAUACUGCCUCCAGGGAAAAAUGGAGAGUUUUACUGCCAAAGCUGCACUAAGGCUGUGGGCAGUGACGGAAUCCGGGUCAUGAUGGAGAGCGCCCUGACAGCCAGGGACCGGGUGGGCGUGCAGGACUUUGUCCUGCUGGAGAACCACACCAGCGAGGUGGCUUUCAUUGAGAACCUCCGCAAACGCUUCAAGGAGAACCUCAUUUAUACAUACAUUGGCUCAGUGCUGGUGUCCGUGAACCCCUACAAAGAGCUGGAGAUCUACACUAAACAGCACAUGGAGCGAUAUAGGGGCGUCAAUUUCUAUGAAGUCUCACCUCACAUUUAUGCCGUGGCUGAUAAUGCAUAUCGCUCCAUGCGGACUGAAAGACGGGAUCAGUGCAUCCUCAUCUCAGGUGAGAGCGGUGCCGGCAAGACCGAAGCCUCCAAAAAGGUUCUGCAGUACUACGCCGUCACCUGCCCUGCCAGCGAGCAUGUGCAGACCGUCAAAGAUCGCCUGCUGCAAUCCAACCCUGUACUGGAGGCUUUUGGAAAUGCAAAAACUUUACGAAAUGACAAUUCCAGUCGCUUUGGGAAAUACAUGGACAUUCAGUUUGACUUCAGAGGUGCUCCGGUAGGAGGUCACAUCAUUAACUACCUGCUGGAGAAAUCACGAGUUGUGCACCAGAGCCACGGCGAGAGGAACUUCCACAUCUUUUAUCAGCUUAUCGAGGGAGGAGAGGAAGAUCUGCUGAGGAGGCUGGGGCUGGAGAGGAACGCCCAGCAGUACCAGUUUCUGGUGAAGGGUAACUGUCCCAAAGUGAGCUCCAUAAAUGACCGCAAUGACUGGAAGAUAGUGAGGAAAGCCCUGAGCGUCAUUGGCUUCACUGAUGAUGAUGUGGAGGAGCUUUUGAACAUUAUUGCCAGUGUACUGCACUUGGGGAAUGUCCAGUAUGGAGGAGAGGACAGCGGCACUUCCUACAUCACUACAGAGACGCAGAUUAAAUACUUAGCCAGGUUGUUAGGUGUGGACGGCACUGUUCUUAAGGAGGCUCUAACACAUAAAAAGAUCAUUGCCAAAGGAGAAGAGCUGAUGAGUCCUUUAAAUCAAGAGCAGGCCGCUUCUGCACGGGACGCCUUAUCUAAAGCCAUAUACGGUCGUACUUUUACUUGGCUGGUCAACAAAAUUAAUGACUCUCUGGCCUUCAAGGAUGAUUCAUUCAACAGUAAGAACGCCUCUGUCAUUGGUCUGCUGGACAUCUAUGGUUUUGAGGUCUUUCAGAACAACAGUUUUGAGCAGUUUUGUAUCAACUAUUGUAAUGAGAAGCUGCAGCAGCUCUUCAUUGAAUUGACUCUGAAGUCAGAGCAGGAAGAAUAUGAAGCCGAGGGAAUCACGUGGGAGCCUGUGCAAUAUUUUAACAACAAGAUCAUUUGUGAUCUUGUGGAGGAGAAGUUUAAGGGAAUCAUUUCCAUCUUGGAUGAAGAGUGUCUCCGGCCUGGAGAUGCCAGUGACAUCACCUUCCUGGAGAAGCUUGAGGACACCGUCGGUGGUCAUGCACACUUCUUAACUCACAAGCUGGCUGAUGGAAAAACCCGUAAAGUGAUGGGUCGUGAAGAGUUCAGACUGAUCCACUACGCAGGAGAAGUCAACUACAAUGUGAACGGCUUCCUGGACAAGAACAAUGAUCUCCUGUUCAGAAACUUGAAGGAGGCCAUGUGUAUGUCCGAAAAUAAGAUCCUCACUCAGUGUUUUGACCGAGAAGAACUCACAGACAAGAAACGUCCUGAGACGGCAGCAACCCAGUUCAAGAACAGCCUGGCGAAGUUGAUGGAAAUCCUGAUGUCUAAGGAACCGUCUUAUGUGCGCUGCAUCAAGCCCAAUGAUGCCAAGCAAGCAGGGCGUUUUGAUGAAGUCCUCAUCAGGCACCAAGUAAAAUAUCUUGGUUUGAUGGAAAACCUUCGGGUGAGGAGAGCUGGCUUUGCAUAUCGCCGUCGCUACGAGACCUUCCUGCAAAGGUAUAAAUCCCUAUGUCCAGACACCUGGCCGAACUGGGACGGCCGUCUGGUUGAUGGAGUGUCCACACUCGUCAAGCACCUCGGCUACAAACCUGAGGAGUACAAACUCGGCAGGACCAAAAUCUUCAUCCGCUUCCCUAAAACCUUGUUUGCAACCGAAGAUGCACUAGAAGUCAGAAAACACAGCCUUGCUACCAAACUCCAGUCAUCCUGGAAAGGCUACAGUCAAAAAACCAAAUACCGUAAAAUGCGACAAUCAGCUAUCAAGAUCCAGGCCUGGUGGAGAGGUAUUCUGGCCCGCAGGGAAGCAAAGCGCAGGAGAGAGGCUGCCAACACCAUCCGCAGGUUCAUCAAAGGCUUCAUCUAUCGUCACCAGCCGCGUUGCCCAGAGAAUGAAUACUUCCUGGACUACGUUCGCUAUUCGUUCCUAAUGAAGUUGCACAGGAGCCUACCCAAAACUGUUUUAGAUAAGAACUGGCCAACCCCACCUCCCGCCCUCAUUGAGGCUUCAGAACACCUCCGCAAACUCUGCAUGCAGAACAUGGUGUGGAAGUACUGCAAGAAUAUCAACCCGGAAUGGAAGCACCAGUUGGAGCAGAAAAUGGUCGCAAGUGAAAUCUUUAAGGACAAGAAGGACAACUACCCACAAAGCGUCCCCAAACUUUUUGUGGGCACAAGACUCAAUGGGGAAGACAUCAACCCUAAAGUGCUACAGGCUCUGGGGAACGAGAAGAUGAAGUAUGCUGUUCCAGUGACGAAGUACGAUAGAAAAGGAUACAAAGCACGCAACCGACAGCUCCUGCUCAUGGCCAGCAGUGCCGUCAUUGUAGAGGAGGCCAAGCUGAAACAGCGGAUCGACUACAGCUCUCUGAAAGGGAUUUCUGUCAGCUCUCUGAGUGACGGCAUGUUUGUUCUCCAUGUUGCUUGUGAAGACAAUAAGCAGAAGGGUGAUGUGGUGCUUCAGAGUGAGCAUGUCAUUGAGGCGUUAACCAAAGUGGCCAUCUGUGCUGACAAGAUGAACAGCAUUAACAUUAACCAGGGAAGUAUAAAGUUCAGUGUGGCGCAAGGAAAAGAAGGGAUCAUAGAUUUCACAUCUGGCUCAGAGUUGCUGAUAGCCAAGGCUAAGAAUGGACACCUUUCUGUGACUGCCCCUCGCCUCAACUCAAGAUGAUGGACGAGUCAUGACCAAGCACUUCCUGCAUUCUCACAGGAUCUUCCAGAUACGCUCCUUAGUUCAUCAA